CCACCAACACCACCUCCAUCACCUUUCAAAAUGAAGUUCUCCACUGUCCUCGCCCUCAUGGCCACCGGCGUCUCCGCCCAAUUCUACAACAUCACCUCCGCGCCCUUCCAGCUCGUCGUCAAGACCAAGGGUUACGCCACCAACCCCUACGCCGGCGCCGUCCUCACCGCCUGCCACGCCGGAGCCGCCAUCGAAGCUCUCUGCAUCUUCGACCAGGCCAACAAGACCGUUGCGAACUACAACACCUUCCGCUUCAACACCUCGAUCUACUCCUCGCAGCAGGACAACACCUACGGCGAGCAGGGCGCCAUCACCUGGAUUCUGCCCUCCGCUGGCGGAGAAGGCUACUCCAACCCGCUCAAGUUCGUCUACAACACCGCGUCCAACGUCGCCCUGCCCCUCAUCGAGCCCGUCAACGACCCCACCCUCGUCUCCUUCAACCCGCAAGACGGCCGCCUGAGCGUGCAAUCCUACAUCGACGACAGCGUCAGCCCGAUCGCCGUCGGCCAGAAGGCCUACUACCGCUGGGCGAUCUGCAAGAUCAACUACUCCGGCUACCAGUACGUCGCGCUGAACUGGAUCCAGGGCAGCGGCAAGGCGCAGAACCCCAGCUGUGUGGAGGUCGACAUCGUCAGGAAGUUCAUCUAGAGAGGAGAGGGAUUUCGAUGAUGAAUUUCGGAUUCUUUUGAUUUUCUCGGAUUGAGGAGCUGUGGUGGGAAAGUGAGGCGGAGGAGAUGAAGAAGAUGAUGAUAAUGGAGGAAGGAGUGCGUUGUUAAGGAUUUACUACCAUGGAUGUUUUGCAUUGUGGCGCGAUUUAUACAUGAACAUGAUUUAAUAACACAUGAAGAAAAGUCA